AUGAGGGCAUGGGUGUUUCAAGAGCUCCUUCUUUCUCGACGCGUUGUGUCUUUCGGCGAGCGUCAGGUCUUUUGGAGUUGCCGGUCAGGUCGUGCGGCGGAGAUAUGGCCCCCGGAUAUUCCUGUGAAGGAUCCCUACGAAGGUCCGCGUAUCGAGGAUCUUCAGCUUGGCGAUAACGGAGCACGCGGAAAGACGAAAAGCACACGAAAAGCAAACGAUUGCUGGUCCAAAAUCGUAGUCACAUACACUGGCUGCAAGAUCACGUUCCUCAGCGACAGAAUGAUUGCUCUCUUUGCAAUAGCUAAGGAGAUGAUGAAGGUGCUCGGAGAUGAACACAUCGCAGGCAUGUGGCGUCGCCACCUAGAAUCGGAGCUCCUUUGGAGAGUGUCUACUGUGUCUACUCCUUCUGGCUCACCGCCUAUCGCAUAUUCGCCGUAG